UUGCUAUACCUCGGGUACCUGUGGAUGUUCAAAGCACGGUGAGUGAUUUGGACAUGGUCAUUACAUCCAAAAAUUCUAAGAAGUUUAUAAAUUUGCACAGUGUUUACACUCAUAGCUACCAAGCGUGUACAUUGCGGGCUGAGUGUUUGAUAUGCCUGCCCCACAGGUAAGUGCUUUUUCUAAUGAGUGGGUCAAGCUCGGUGCAAAAACACAUAUAAACCACCAUAUGCGUAGAAAGUACGUGUGUGUGUGUGGGGGGUGUGUGUGUGUGAAAAUGAUGGUGUCACACUUGCACACAGGUAUACCUCAUAAACACAUGGUCCCAGCUUUCAAAUUAACUCCUUUGAUUUAAUGUGACAAGCAGUAAGAACCGGAAGCUUACUUUUUUUUCUAGCUGGAUACGCCAGUAACUGUUUGUUUCUACUACAGAGCACACCCAUCUCUCUCUCUCACACACACAGGCCCGUCGACAGCCAGCAAGGGCCUCCGGCAGAUUGACUCUACGAGCCCCUUGUAACUGUUAUCGUAAAUUAUUUUCCCCAGUAUAUAGUAAUAUGCUUACAUUUCGAUUGCCGGUAUCUACAUUUCAUUAAGUAACGGAAUAUAGGCUGCAAACAUUAGGACAAGUGUACUAUAGUAGGAUCGACAUCACUACUUAAAUAUAAAGUUGUUUACAGGUGAGAAGUUAGUAAAUGAGGAAAAAUGAUGUUAAAGGAUCAAAGUUUUAGUGCCCUAUUCCUUACAAAAAAUCCCUAGAGUGAGGAAUGUUAUGUCAACCUUUCAUUAAAAAAAACAACCACAGCCGCUUACCCAGGUACACCAUCACCACCACCACCACCCCUCUCACAUUCAACUACACAGUUGGACAGUUAAUUGGGUGUAAACGCUACCCCGAGCAUGUGACACUGAUUUAUACUUUCAUUUUUUCGGCCCCCUAAAUACCAAUAUGGCGUCUCGCAGAGCCACUCAGUAGACAGCUGGCUUGAUUAUUUAAAAUGUGACAAACAGCACUGCAUUAUAGGGAACACUGGUGGAAAAAAUUUAGAAACCAACAGACAACAGCUUCUUUUUUUGUUUGUUUUGUUUGUUUGUUUUCCUUUUUUGGUGGAUUUUCCAUCACUUGCACCAGUGAAAUGCGCGCAAGAAUACAGCUUGCUCCGACAAUCAGGAAACACGAAAUUUACAAGAAAGCAACAGUUACCCUUCUGAUAUUGGUCAGGCUGUCUGCAGUACUGACUUGCUGUUUGUUGAAGUAGCUGCAUGAUGGCCUGGAAGUGCACACAAAAUCAGCUGGUGAAUCUGCUGCUUUAAAACAACCCUGUUGGUUUAUUGAAACGACUUAACUCUCACGUGGUUUCUCCGACACAGAUGAUGCUUCCGAAAAAUCGUGCUCAGUUUCUUGUUGCGGCAGCUGUACUGCUGAUUGUAGCUGCCCUAUACCUGGUCACCUUUAAUCGCUGUUUCCUUGGAAAGGAGGUUCAUUCCUUGCGAUACCCAGAAUGCACUGAAACAUCACCAGUGAGGGAACAACGCAACUCUUUGUCCAGAAUACAGAACGAGUUAAAGAGACAGCUGGGACAGUUAGAGUGCAACAUGGCGAAACUACAGAAAAUAGAAAAUGAAGUGGCCAGCAGCGGUGGAUGGUGUCAAGACGAGAGUGACCCGAAAAAAACAAAGGUUCACCAUUUUGACCAGAGACUGGCAAAUAUACUCGGUCACUUCCUGUCCGGGCAGUGUGUGGCGAGUUUUGGUGACGGACUCGGAAACUACAAGGAGUACCUCCUCACACAGGGACUGGUCGCCUCCUACGACGCCUACGACGGGGCCCCAUUCUGCGAAAACGUCACAUCCGGGGCCGUCAAGUUCAUGGACCUGACCAUCCCACAAUAUGGACUUCCGGUGUACGACUGGGUGAUAUGUCUGGAGGUGGCGGAGCACGUGCCUGCACGAUACGAACGUGUGUUAGUCGACAACAUCGCGCGACACGCGCGGAAGGGCAUCGUCCUGAGCUGGGGUCAUCCGGGUCAAGAGGGAUUUCAUCACGUGAACAACAAGAGCCCUGAAGACGUGAAGCGCCUGCUGGAUGAGGUUGGAUUCACCCUGAAUGACAGCAGCAGUUCCUUGCUAAGACAAAACUCUACGCACUAUUGGUUCAGAGAAAACACUUUUGUGUUUGAAAGAAAACCGGAGGUUAUAUUAAGAGAGGAGGAUGCAUAGACAGUUUUUAUUGUCAUGUGAUAGGCGUACUUGAUCUCUCAGGGAACAACACAGCUCCUCCAUACCUGCAUCUUGCACCUACUCUAACAAUGCAUGGCUUUGUAGAUCUCACCUGGCUGACUAUCAUAAGCUCACUAACAAGACAGCUGCUCUUCUUACUCUCUUUUCAUCGUCUGUAGUGUUUACAGUCGUCACUAAAUCCUAGCUCCCUCAACACAUGAUAGAGGUAGAUGUAGAAACAUGGAUAAGCACUUAAAUUGUUGUAUUUUAACACUUUUUAAACUUUUUUUUCGACAAUAUAAAAGUUUCUGUAAUAUAACAGUUUC